UUUUUGUUAGUUUGAAAGCAUUUUUUCACAGAUACCGAAACGCAUAUAUAAACACCGGAGCUCCGCUUUUGCUGCUUUUAGAUUUUCCUCCAGCAUGAAGCGGUUGUAACUGCUGCAGCACAGCGGCGUUUGGUCGCUGCGUGGUGGUUUCCGGUGUCCGUCCGUCUGCUGGAGGAUGGCGUCCGGCUUCGACCGCAUCCCCUCAGCCGCCGGGUCCUCGAGUACCGAAAACACCUAUGGUUGCCGAUUAAAGACCGGAGACGUCAAUGAGGAGCGUCGAUAAGGAGACCCGGUUUUUCUUUAAACACUAAAGGAAUUCUGAAGCACCCAUUAAAGGCUGGCUUCCCAUUUAUCCCUCUGCAUCCGUCCUUGUGUCAGAUUUGGGAUAUAAUCCUCCCCCCUCUGAGCGCUGAUCUCCCUGCAUCCACAGUGGAAGGAUGACGGAGGCAUGGCAGCAGCAGCAACAGCAGCAUACAGUGGCUCCACCCUCUGUUGUGCACACUCUCCCUCAGGCAGCUGACAACUCUUUGAGCUGUACCGUGUAUGGAGUCGUCCUGCAGCCAGACCCUUCUCUGCAGCAGCCCCAGCUCUCCCAGCAACAUGUUGUCCAAGCCCAGCAGGCCUCUUUGCAGGUGGGGGCAGACAGAGGGCACAAAUGUGGUGCAUGUGGACAUGACAUUUCACACCUGGCCAAUCCUCAUGAGCACCAGUGCAUGGUGACUCAGGACCGAUCAUUCCAGUGUACACAAUGCAUGAAGAUCUUUAGCCAGGCAACCGACCUGCUGGAGCAUCAGUGCGUGCAAGUGGAGCAGAAGCCUUUCGUCUGUGGCGUCUGUAAAAUGGGCUUCUCGCUGCUCACCUCAUUGGCUCAACAUCACAACUCUCAUGGGAACAAUCCUAUGAAGUGCUCAAUCUGUGAGAAAACGUACCGGCCGGGCUCAGGGAACGUCACCCCGACCUCAUCAGCCGCCAACCCCCAGCAGCCGUCCACCGGAGAGACGUCCGGUGGCGGCGCAGUCAUCAACGCCUCGUCUCCCCCCACAUUUGAGGCCUCUGCGCCUGACAGGCCGUACAAAUGCUCAGUGUGCCACAAAUCCUUCCGCCAUCUUUCUGAGCUUACCCGCCACGAAAGAAUCCACACGGGGGAAAAGCCAUACAAAUGUGACACGUGUGAAAAAAGCUUCAGCCAGUCCUCGCAUUUGGCACACCACCAGCGCACGCACAGUUCUGAGCGGCCGUACAAGUGCGCUGUAUGUGAGAAGAGUUUCAAACACCGCUCUCACCUGGUGAGGCACAUGUACGCCCACUCGGGUGAACACCUUUUCAAGUGCAACUUAUGCGAAAUGCACUUCAAAGAAUCGUCGGAGCUCCUGCACCAUCAGUGCCAGCCGGAAAGCGAGAGGCCGUUCCGUUGCGGCUCAUGUGGAAAGAGUUUCAAGAGGCCGUCCGACCUGCGGCAGCAUGAACGCACACACUCCGAGGAGCGGCCUUUUCAGUGCGAAGAGUGCCAAAUGAGCUUCAAGCAGCAGUACGCUCUCGUGCGCCACCGCCGCACUCACAAAAACCCAGCUGAUCGUCCGUUCAAAUGCAACCUCUGUGACAAGGGCUUCCUGCAGCCGUCUCACCUGCUCUACCACCAGCAGGUUCAUGGCAUGGAAAGCCUCUUCAAGUGUGCCUCCUGCCAGAAGUCCUUCAGCCAGUCGGGGGAACUCCUGCGGCACAAAUGCGGAGGCGAAGUAGAAAAACCUUACAAGUGCGACGUCUGCGGCAAAGGCUACAAAAAGAAUUCGACGUUGCAGCGGCAUCAAAGCACCCACUGUACGGAGAAGCCGCUCAAGUGCUCUCUGUGUGACAAGCGCUUCGUGUCAUCCUCCGAGUUCGUCCAGCACCGGUGCGACCCGACAAGGGAGAAGCCGCUAAAGUGCCCCGACUGCGAGAAGCGCUUCAGGUACUCUUCUGAGUUACAGCGUCACCGACGGGUCCACACAGGCGAAAAGCCCUUCAAGUGUGCCAACUGUGACAAGAGCUUCAAGCAGCGAGAGCACUUGGCCAAGCACCAGAGCGUGCACUCACGGGAGACACAGUUUAAGUGCGUGUGGUGCGGCGAGCGCUUUGUUGACCUCACAGCAUUGCAGGAGCACACGGUGCAGCACACUGCAGAGAACGAGAACUUCCCCGAAGCUCCUUGUAUCCAAUGAGCCCUAGACAUGACAUUUAUCAAGAAGGAAACAGGCGCCAUCCACAGCUCAGCCGCUUUUUAAACACGUUCACUUUUAUUCCGAUCGUCAGGACUCAGCUCAUCCUUUGUUUCAGUGAGUCCAAGGGCACAGAGGGAAUCAGGAUCCUCCUCCUUUACAGAACAAGAAACUUGAGAAGAAAGAAAAAAGAUGUGAAUUUGGAACAUGGGACAGUUUUUUUUUUCCUUUGUAAAGUCUGGGACUGUAGUCUGUGGUUGCAUGUGGUCGUUCGUUUCGUAACCUUUGAAUCUGUUGUUGAGAAAGUUGGCUCAAGCUUCCAGACAGUCAUCCCACUUGUGAGUGCGUCGUCAGCUCCUCUUCAGUACAUGUGCCUUUUUAUUAUUUUGGUUGUUUUUGUUUUCUUAUGCUCACCUCUUUAGUGCUUAUUUUGUUUUUUAUUUAAUAUUCCCGUCCAGUGAAGCUGAAAGCUAACCUCUCCCCUCCUGUUCAGCAGCUGCCGUGUGCAGCGGUUUCUUCCCACAUCUUAGGUAGAAUCAUUUCAUUGUGCAUGGAUAAUUAUCUCACCUUAGUAUUACUGUUGUAUGAUAGGUUUGAUUAAUUUAGGGCAGCAUCCUAAGAGGAAUAAGAAGAAAAGAUUUCACAUGAAUUUGUGAAACUGUAUAGCCCUUGUCCUAUAAAAUCUGUGUUGUUGUAUCUUUGUAUUAAAACAAAUGACACGUAGGUAACUAACUCCCGUACCUAUAGUGUCAUAGAAACACUUGACUUGUGCAAUAGAACAUGCACAGUGUAAUAUUUAUGACUACUGAUUCAUGGAAUAGUCUGCUAUAUUAUAGAUUGUGUGUAUACGCUCUGUAAACUGAGAACUGUAUAGUGCUUAUGUUACCUGCUUUUUUUAUUCACUCUGAAUGAGCUUGCUGCACUCUGCAGGCGGCUUAGUUUCAUUUCCACCAGUUAUCACAAGGUUUUAACCCCACAAAGCAUUACGUUGCUCACUUGCCAGAAAAGUAGUUGCUUUUAUAAAAGUAGUAGAUUUUAUAAAGGUUAUGUUAUUAUUUGUUUUUAAUUGGCCUUGAAUCGUUUCCACAGAAUCCUAGCCUGCUCCUGCUCCAAACAGGAGACAACAUUCUGAGUAAAACUUGCCACUUAUGUGUUGGUUUAUACCAAGGAUAAAGGUAAAAAUAAUAAAUAAAAAAAAUAAGAUGUGUGUACUUUAGUUUACUGUGUGGAUUUCUAUAUUCUGUACAAUCUUUGCAGUAUAUUUAAAGGAAAGUUCUUGGAGUAGAAAUCAUGACGGGGAGGGGGGGUUAGUUGGGGUUUGGGACUGUGUGCCAUGGUUUGAAUCCUGGUGAGUCUGCUUCAAAAUCUCCUGUUGGAGUAUGAGGGGUGUGAAUGCAUUGAAGCAUAUGGAUA